AUAACCAGCACCAGCAGAAAGAUUAGUCAGAAUUUACUUAUAUAUUAUAUUAUUAUUUAUUUUAUAAAAAAAUUGUUUAAUCAGAAGAGAGAAAGGGUGGUGAAUCUGGUGUGGCGAAAUGGAUCAGAUAUUGAACAAGGUCGGAUCUUACUGGUUCAGCAAGAAAGCCAACAAGGAGCUUAAUUCUGUCGGUGAUGAUAUCAACUCACUGUCAAGCAGCAUUGAAGGAGGAACCAAAUGGCUGGUCAACAAAUUAAAAGGAAAGAUGCAAAAGCCAUUAACAGAGUUGCUGAAGGAGUAUGAUCUACCAAUAGGACUCUUUCCGCGUGAUGCAACAAACUAUGAAUUCAAUGAAGAAACAAGAAAGCUUGUUGUUUACAUUCCUCAAGUGUGCGAAGUAGGGUACAGAGAUUCAUCAGUUUUGCGGUUCACGACCAGUGUUUCUGGUUACUUGGAGAAAGGAAAGCUAGUAGACAUAGAGGGUAUAAAGACCAAAGUGUUGAUGUGGGUGAAAGUCACCGCCAUUUCAUCUGAGGGACCAAAGCUUCACUUCACUGCUGGUAUGAAGAAAACAAGGAAAAGGGAAGCUUAUGAGGUUUCUAGAGAUGGUGUAAUUAUAGAUAAAUUCUAAAGUUAUGUUGUAUUAAUAUAUUCAUUAAGAUCCUUUUGUUUAUACUAGUAGUUUUUUAUAAUGUCUGUUCUUGUGGACCAUUUUGUUAUCCUUUUACAUUUGAAUGUUUGUGAUAAUAUGGUUGGAAAUUGGAAUUGAA